AUGGCAACAAAAUUCCCUAAAUUUAGUCAAGGACUUGCAUCGGAUCCCACAACACGUCGUAUCUGGUUCGGAAUUGCAACAGCACACGAUUUCGAAACACACGAUGGGAUGACAGAAGAGAAACUCUACCAAAAGAUUUUCGCUUCUCACUUCGGGCAACUUGCAAUUAUUUUCUUAUGGACAUCAGGUAACCUUUUCCACGUAGCGUGGCAAGGAAACUUUGAGAAGUGGGGUGAAGAUCCUCUUCACGUACGUCCAAUCGCUCACACAAUCUGGGAUCCACAUUUUGGACAACCAGCUGUUGAAGCAUUUACACGUGGUGGAGCUUCGGCUCCAGUAAACAUUGCAUAUUCAGGUGUUUACCAGUGGUGGUACACAAUUGGUAUGCGUACAAACGUUGACCUUUACAACGGGUCACUUUUCCUUCUUUUUGUAGCAGGACUUUUCCUCUUCGCAGGAUGGCUUCACCUUCAGCCGACGUUUGCACCAGCAGUUUCUUGGUUCAAAAAUGCUGAAUCACGUUUAAAUCACCACCUUUCGGGACUCUUUGGAGUAAGUUCACUCGCUUGGACUGGUCACCUUGUACACGUAGCAAUUCCAGCUUCGCGUGGAGAGACUGUUCGUUGGGAUAACUUCUUAACAACAUUACCUCACCCAGCAGGACUUGCUCCAUUCUUUACAGGACAAUGGGCUGUGUAUGCACAGAAUCCAGAUACAGCUGGACACAUCUUCGGAACAUCUGAAGGGGCUGGAACAGCAAUUCUUACAUUCUUAGGUGGAUUCCACCCACAGACACAGAGUCUUUGGCUCACUGACAUGGCUCACCACCACCUUGCAAUUGCUGUAGUUUUCAUCAUUGCAGGACACCAAUACCGUACGAACUUCGGAAUUGGGCACAGUAUGAAAGAAAUUCUUGAAGCACAUACAGCACCUUCAGGACGUCUUGGAGCUGGGCACACAGGUCUUUUUGAUACUGUAAACAACUCUCUUCAUUUCCAACUUGGGCUUGCACUUGCAUCUGUUGGUGUAUUAUGUUCACUUACAGCACAGCACAUGUACAGUAUGCCACCGUACGCGUUCCUUGCUCAGGACUUCACAACGCAAGCAGCACUUUACUCGCACCACCAGUAUAUUGCUGGUUUCAUCAUGUGUGGAGCUUUUGCACACGGAGCAAUCUUCUUUAUUCGUGACUACGAUCCAGAAGCGAAUAAAGGAAACGUACUUGCACGUAUGUUAGAGCACAAAGAAGCGAUUAUUUCGCACCUUAGUUGGGUAUCACUUUUCCUUGGAUUCCACACGCUUGGUCUUUAUGUACACAACGACGUAAUGCAAGCAUUUGGAACACCGGAAAAGCAGAUUCUUAUUGAGCCAGUAUUUGCACAAUGGAUUCAGGCUGCACAAGGUAAAGCUCUCUAUGGCUUUGAUAUUCUUCUUUCAGGGGAUAACGCUGCAACUGCCGCUGGUAAUUCAAUUUACCUUCCAGGUUGGCUUGCUGGAAUUAACAGUUCUACAAACUCGCUUUUCCUCCCAAUUGGGCCUGGAGAUUUCCUUGUACACCACGCAAUCGCACUUGGACUUCACACAACAACGCUUAUCCUUGUAAAAGGAGCGCUUGAUGCACGUGGAUCUAAGCUUAUGCCAGAUAAGAAAGAUUUCGGGUACAGUUUCCCUUGUGAUGGACCAGGACGUGGAGGAACAUGUGACAUCUCAGCUUGGGAUGCUUUCUACCUCGCAGUAUUCUGGGAGCUCAACACAGUGUCAUGGACAGUAUUCUAUUUCCACUGGAAGCACCUUGCUCUUUGGCAAGGAAAUUCAGCUCAGUUUGACGAAUCAUCAACAUAUAUCAUGGGAUGGCUUCGUGACUACCUUUGGCUUAACUCAUCUCAACUUAUUAACGGGUACAACCCGUUUGGAAUGAACAGUCUUUCGGUAUGGGCGUGGAUGUUCCUUUUUGGACACCUUAUUUACGCAACAGGAUUUAUGUUCCUUAUUUCUUGGCGUGGGUACUGGCAAGAGCUUAUUGAAACUCUUGUUUGGGCACAUGAGCGUACUCCACUUGCAAACUUUGUAAAAUGGAACGAUAAGCCAGUUGCCCUUUCAAUUGUGCAAGCUCGUCUUGUAGGUCUUACUCACUUUGCAGUAGGAUUCGUACUUACAUAUGCAGCUUUCGUAAUUGCUUCAACUUCUGGUAAGUUUGGAUAA